AUCUGGAAGUGCUUUCCUGGGCUGGCUGAGGGGGCGGGGCAGCUGCCGCAGCUCCAGCUGAGGGGAAAGCUCCAAGUCAGGCAAACUUGGUGGGGCGCUGCCUGUGUAGGCUGUGCAACAGGUGCCCUCAGCAUGACCAGUGGAAAGCAGGAGCAGAUGAAUUACUACGUGGGCAUUGAUGUGGGAACGGGCAGUGCCCGAGCAGCUUUGGUCAGCCAGCAGGGGACCCUUGCUGCUUACGCAGAGCACCCCAUCCAAAGGUGGGAACCUCAAGCAGACCACCACGAGCAGUCCUCUGAUGAUAUCUGGGCUGCAUGCUGCAUCGUCACAAAGAAAGUGGUAGAGGGGAUAGAUGCUACUCGGAUUCGAGGACUUGGUUUUGACGCCACAUGCUCACUGGUUGUCUUGGAUAAGCAGUUUCGGCCAUUGCCAGUUAACCAAGAAGGGGACCCCAACAGAAAUAUCAUCAUGUGGAUGGAUCACCGUGCAGCCAGUCAAGUAGAGAGAAUAAACAGUACCAACCAUCGAGUUCUGAAAUUUGUUGGAGGGGUGAUGUCCGUGGAGAUGCCCCCUAAACUUCUCUGGCUGAAGGAGAACUUGAGAGAGUCUUGCUGGGAUAAGGCGGGCCACUUUUUCGAUCUCCCUGACUUUUUAUCAUGGAAGGCGACUGGCAUCACGGCCAGAUCUCUUUGUUCUUUGGUAUGCAAAUGGACCUAUUCUGCAGACAGUGGAUGGGACGACAGUUUUUGGAAGAUGAUCAAUCUGGAAGAUUUUGUGGCUGAUAAUUACUGCAAAAUAGGAACCCAAGUGCUGUCUCCCGGAGAUUCUCUUGAAGGUCUCACCCCAGAGGCUGCGAAGGAACUGGGCCUCCCUACAGGGAUUGCUGUGGCUGCAUCACUUAUUGACGCUCAUGCUGGAGGAUUAGGAGUGAUUGGAGCAGAUGUGAAAGGGUAUAACCUGCCCUGUGAAAAACAGCCAAUUACCUCUCGUCUGGCUCUGAUCUGUGGAACAUCUUCUUGUCACAUGGGGAUCAGCCAAAGCCCCAUUUUUGUGCCGGGCAUUUGGGGUCCCUACUUCUCAGCUAUGGUCCCUGGAUUUUGGCUAAAUGAAGGAGGGCAGAGUGUUACUGGAAAAUUGAUUGACCACGUGGUCCAGGGACAUGCUGCCUACCCUGAAUUGCAAGCAAAGGCUUCAGCAAGAUUCCAAAGCAUCUAUACAUAUCUGAACAGUCACCUGGAUUCCAUUAAGAAGUCUCUGCCUGUGGGUUUCCUCACUGUUGAUUUACAUGUUUGGCCAGAUUUCCAUGGCAACCGAUCUCCCUUAGCAGACUUGACCCUGAAGGGCAUGGUCACAGGAUUGAAACUGUCUCAGAGCCUUGAUGAUCUUGCUCUUCUCUACCUGGCCACCAUUCAAGCCAUUGCUCUCGGCACACGUCACAUUCUGGAGACGAUGGAGGCGGCCGGCCAUUCAAUCAGCACCUUGUUUCUGUGUGGGGGUCUUAGCAAGAACCCCCUCUUUGUGCAGAUGCAUGCUGACAUCACUGGCUUGCCCGUGGUUCUGUCCCAGGAGGUGGAGUCUGUCUUGGUGGGGGCUGCGAUCCUGGGAGCCUGCGCCUCUGGGGACUUCCCUUCCGUCCAGGAGGCAAUGGCAAGAAUGGGGAAAGUUGGAAAAGUUGUACUUCCCAGAUCUGAGGAGAAGAGAUUUUAUGACAAAAAGUACAAAGUAUUCUUGAAGCUUGUUGAACACCAGAAAGAAUACGCAGCCAUCAUGAAUGACGACAUCUGAGCUGUACUCUGUUUGGACAGAAAGGUUCGGGACUGAGCUCUGCUCAUGUAAUUUCUAAAGGGAUAAGACCACUCCUGUAUCAUCUUGAAUAAAAAAAAAAAGCCUGAGAUGUGAAAAGCUGGAAAUAGAGUCUUCCAUUUAAAGGUCUUUGGCAUUUCUCCACUAGCUUGAGAUGGCCACUGAGACUCUUCCCACCUCUGCAUAAUUAAUGAUCUAUCAUGUUGACUGAAAACAUAUAUGCGAUAUAGUCAAUAGGAGAUAUAGAUAAGUAUAAUUCGGAAAGAAAACAAAACAGGGAGAGAGAGAGAGGGAGAGAGAGAGAGAAAGAGAAGAGGAAGGAGGAAAGAGGGCUAAAGAGGGAAAGGGAGACAGGAGGAGUGAGAGGGAAGGAAGAAGAAAGUAAGAAGGAAAGGAAAGAAGAAUGGGAGAGGAGAGAGAAGGAAGGAAAGAAAAAAGAAAGAGGAAAAAAGAAAGAAAAAACAACUCCAUCCCUCUUUUUUAAUCUGCCUGCUGUAUGCAGGGCACUGAGCUAAAUGUGUAUUGGGGAAGAUGAGGCACACUACAGUUCCUGCAUUCAUAGAGCCUACAGUCUUGUAAAGGGAUUAGUGACUAAAAUAAAAUGUACAAUAUACAAUUACAUGUGAUAAGUCUACUGAAGAAUGACAAUGCAUCAAAGUGAUCAAGGAGAGCUUUCUGGAAGAGGUACAAUUGGAGUUGUCUUUGAAGCUGGAUGAGAAGGCUGGAUGAGCUUUCACCAGAUAAUGUGAGAGGAAGAAGAUGCUCUUGAGCAUUGGGUUCAGAGUGGGCAAGGACACAGAGGCCAGGAAGCUCUAUUUUUCUACUUUAGAUGGAAGGUUAAGUGCAUGGAAGGGAAUAAGAGGUAAGGUUGCAAAGACAGACUUUAUAGAAGGUUGAGGAAGGCCUUGAAUGCCACCUUAAGAAGUCUGAAUUCUAUUUAGGAACCAAUCUGGAGCAACUGAAAUUUUUUGAGCAGUGGAUUGAAAUGAAAGAAUGACUAAGGGAAGGAGAAAUAAGAGCCAGAAAGGGGAGGGAAAGGGAAACUUUAAAAAUUUAGUCAAGAAAAGAGUGUAGUUAUAUCAGUGAAUCAUCUGCGAGGGAAGGAUGGGGGAAACCAUAUAUAUUAAAUCUAUCAUGUUGUCUCUUAGGUUUCCUUUCCCUCUCCUCUUUCCAUUCCUAUUUUCUCCCUCUGUCCCUCUCCUUCCUUCCCUCUUUCCCUCCCUCGGGUAGGCACUAAGCUUUUAAAGCCAGAGCAAGCCUUUAGUUUUGUUAAGAAAUAAAUAAGAAAAAAUCCCAAGAAGAGGAUCGAUAAAGCAUGUUCACAUUUAAGUGAUAUGUGAACCAAAUGCUUGUAAGGGGGUGUUAAUGGCUGCCCUUUGUGGAAGUCCCAAGUACUGAUGUUCUAAACUACUGGGAAGAAUGGGAUAAAUAAGCUGGAACUAGAAACCAGAGGUCCCCAAAGUGUCAAGAUUCUUUGUUAACUUAGAAAUGGGUCACAAGAGACAGACUCAAAAUCAUCCAACACCAAAUUUUACCAAGGUCACAUAGACGUUAAGUAGUGUAACUACAGUCCAAACCCAGGACUCCAGAUCCAGCUUCUUUCCAGCCCCACAACAAAGCUGCUUUUCAUGGCAAGUGAGAUUCUUAUUUAAGGACUGACUCUUCACCCCCCUCCCCCACCCAGUUAAUGUCAUUCUAGAAAAUCUAGGUAGGUCAAGUGAAUUCAUUAAAAAGUGUAAUCUGGUUGUGAACAAAUCCCAAAGCAAUCUGAGAAGAUUAAAGUCUUCAUUCAUUGGAUAAAGCAGAUGACGGCCCAUAGAAAAUAUGUUGUGAUAGGCUGACAAUCUCUGGACCAGAUUGCAAAAUAGCAAACCAGAUUGGAGUGAGGCAGGCCAGUCAGGUGAUGAAGGCUCCCCAGCCAAGAUCCUUUAAAUAAAACAGAUUCUGGGUAAGAGUUUCUUUCAUUAUCUCUUCUCUCCUUUACUCUAGACAAUCUCCAGAGGUCUUUGGGUGUUCCACCAUUGACCCUCAUCAAUAUAUAUGGCAGUAGUCAUAGGAGUUAGAAAGUAAACAAGCAGCAGAGAUACCUAGAUGGAGUAGUGGCUAGAGGUACAGGGCUGGACUCAGAAUCAGGAAGGCCCGAAUUUCAAAUCUAUUCUUAGCCACUUAUUAGCUGUGUGACUCUAGGUCAGUCAUUUAACCUUGUUUGCUUUAGUUUCCUUGAUUAUAAAAUAGGGAUAUAAUAAUAGCACUCUACCUCCGAGGGCUGUUGUGAGGAUGGAAUGAAAUAAUUGUAUUUAUUUAUUUAGUAUUUAACACCGUCCCUGGCACCUAAUAAGUGCUAUAUUAAAGUUAUGAUUAUUAUCUUGCGAUAGUCAUGAGGCUUCUGGGAGUGUGUGGGUAUUAUCUAUUUCAUUGGAAUUAUUUGUGCCAACUAUUCUUGCUAUACCACUUUAUAAAUAUCCUUUAAAAAAAUUUAA